CCACGACUUGCUCCCUCCCAUCCGUCUCACAACAUCCGAAAAACAACACAUCCUUGGUUGGGGCCGUGGAAGCACAUCCGCCACGGCGAUUACGACCCAUCAUGACUCUAACGCUUGCCCGACUCAGAGACAAUCUUGACGAUCUCUCACCCGCCCAGAGAGCAUGCUUGAUGCUCUUCGGGACGGUGUCGGCGGUCAUCGUGUUUCCGUUCAUGCUUCUGUUUAAUCUCGCGUAUCUUAUUGCGACAAAACUAUGGAUGACUUCACAACCUAAUGAGGUGGAUGGAGAGGAGUUUGAUCUAGGCCCCGCGCGCGAACGUCGUGGAUCAGUGGACUCAGCGAUCUCUUUGCCUCCGUCUUAUCGCAGCCGAGACGCAAGUCCCGUCUUCGACUACUCCAUGCCCACGUCAUCCUCUAGUCCUGAGAUCAGGCAGCUCAGGCGCGCGAAGGUCUACAUUGAUGGCAGCCCUCGCAGCCCUACCUCCUCCACCCAUCAUCCAUCGCCCUCCACCACCGUACUCGUCACAACAACCACCGAAUACGACUACGUCGUCUAUUACUCCUCACGGACUUCAUCGCCGACUUCCUCACGCUCAGCCUCCAGCACCUUCAGUGCACUCCGGCCCGUUCGCCGGCUCUUUCCGUCCUUACACCGCCGCGCGACGUCUGACUCUGACCCUGCCGCGAUGUCCAUCAUCUCCUCGCAGUCUGCGCCCUCAUCGCUCGGCUCAAACUCAUCGUGGUCCUCGCGCUCGGCCUCGGGUACUUCCUUCCACCCGACGCACCGCCGCACGUUCUCGCAGGCAAGCACGCAGUCGGGUGCCACGAGGGCAGACGGGCGCUCGGUGAAUGCGCUUUCUGGCGAGGUGUUCGAGCAGCGCUUCGUCACGCCGUUCACGUUCAGACGUUCGUCCAACCCCGUGGCCAGCCAGCCGGUGUCGCCGAAGACGCGUCCGUUCAGCCCGGGCUUGAGUCGGUGUGAUGAGGCGAGGCCUGAGUACCUGGAGGGUGCGGCGGAGGUAGUGUGCCCAGUGUCGACGGAGAAGGUCGAUCACGCUCGGGAGCGCGACGACCGCGAGGGGAAGCAGAAACUCGGCGGGCUCCGUGGGCUCGGGAGGAAGAUCCGCAGGAGAGUCGUGUCGCGGAGGCGGCAUGAGGAGGUGGGCUCGCACGGCUCUGGGUCGAACUAGCCGCUUGCGGCUACGGACCCUUCGUCUGCAUCUUCCAAUUUCUCUCCCCUUGCAUCGCAUCGGU